AUGGCGAGGCUGGCGCGCUGGCCCCUCUGCGCCCUGCCGGCCCUGCUGCUGCUGCUGCUGCUGCUGCUGCUGCUGCCCAGGGCGGCGCGUGGCCACCCGCAGUGCCUGGACUUCAAGCCGCCCUUCCAGCCGCCGCGGCCGCUCGCCUUCUGCGCGCGCUACUCCGCCUUGGGCUGCUGCGACGCGGCGCGCGACGCCGCCCUCCUGGAGCGCUUCCACGGCGCCGCCGGGCGCCUCGGCCGGGCGGAUUAUGCCGCCUGCGCCGCCCCCCUGCAGGACCUGCUGUGCCAGGAAUGCUCCCCUUACGCUGCUCAUCUGUAUGAUGCUGAAGACCCUUCUACACCUGUGAAAACCCUGCCAGGACUUUGCCCUGACUACUGCGCACAAGUGUGGCAAAACUGCAGGUCCACGUUCCAGUUCCUCACUCAAGACAAAGAGUUACUGGCCCUGGAAAACAACAUGGCGAAGUUCUGCCGUUACCUUUCCUUGGAGGAUGCUGACUACUGCUUUCCUUACCUCCUAUCCAAUAAACGCCUUAGUCAAAACCUUGGGCUGGUGACAGCGGACACUGAAGGAUGCCUGCAGUUGUGCUUGGUGGAGGUUGCCAAUCGGCUUAUGAAUCCGGUCGCCAUGGUGCACGCAAAUGACGGGACUCACAGGUUCUUCAUUGCCGAACAAGUUGGCUUAGUUUGGGCCUACCUGCCGGAUCGUUCACGACUCGAAAAACCCUUUCUGAACAUCAGUGAAGCUGUACUAACCUCACCUUGGGAAGGCGAUGAGAGAGGUUUUCUAGGUAUUGUCUUCCAUCCUAAAUUCAAAUUUAAUGGUAAAGUGUUUGUCUACUAUUCAGUUGAAGUUGAGUAUGAAGAGAGAAUCCGAAUCAGUGAGUUCAGAAUUUCUCCCGAUGACAUGAAUUCUGUGGACCAUGGUUCUGAAAGAAUAAUUCUGGAGAUAGACGAACCAGCUUCCAAUCAUAACGGAGGAGAAGUGCUGUUUGGAGAUGAUGGCUAUCUUUAUAUCUUCACUGGAGAUGGAGGGAUGGCUGGUGAUCCUUUUGGGACAUAUGGAAAUGCUCAAAACAAGUCAACACUUCUCGGCAAAGUGCUCCGGAUCGACGUUGACAACAACGACCGUGGCCCUCUCUACCGGAUUCCUCCUGACAACCCUUUUGUACACGAACCAAAAGCUCGGCCCGAAGUCUACGCUUACGGAGCGAGGAAUAUGUGGCGCUGCUCUUUUGACAGGGGCGACCCCUACACAAAGGAAGGGAAAGGCCGGCUUUUCUGCGGCGAUGUAGGGCAGAACAAAUUUGAGGAAAUUGACCUGGUGGAGAAAGGGAAAAAUUACGGCUGGAGAGCAAGAGAAGGGUUCAGCUGUUACGACAAAAAGCUCUGCACCAAUUCCUCAUUAGAUGACGUGCUCCCAAUAUAUGCUUACCCACACAAAAUGGGGAAAUCAGUUACAGGAGGCUAUGUCUAUCGGGGUUGUGAGUCUCCAAACUUGAAUGGGCUGUACAUAUUUGGUGAUUUUAUGAGUGGACGUCUAAUGUCCUUGAAGGAGAACCGUGUCACUGGGGAGUGGCAGUACAAUGAAAUAUGCAUGGGAACAGGACAAACUUGUAUGUUCCCUGGGCUUAUCAAUAACUACUAUCAGUAUAUCAUCUCAUUUGCAGAAGAUGAGGCAGGAGAACUCUAUUUCAUGUCAACCGGAGUACCAAGUGCUACCGCUCCCAAUGGAGUAGUUUACAAAAUAGUCGACACCUCUCGGAGAGCACCACCUGGCAAAUGUCGUACUGAGCCUCUGCCAGUCAAAACGAAAAGCAAACUCAUCAAGUUUGUAGCCAAAGAAAAGCUUAUAAUAAAAGCGCCGACGCAGCGUCCUAAACUAAGAACCACGACUCGAGCUCCGGCGAAGGCCAAAACGACAGCGGAACCACCUCGGGUCACGACUCCAGACUGGGUGGCACAAAUCUUGACUCUUCUAAGAAGUCAAAACAGAGUGCUGAUGACCACCGUGCCGCCAAAAACCAAAGCCCCGAAGCCCAGGAAAGGCGGGAGGACUGGGGGAAGGAGAGGGCAGAGGAGGAAGACUAGGCCAAGCAGCGCUCCCACACAGCCACGGAACGGUGCAGUCCGAAUAAUGAACGGCAGCGUGGAAGCGAGGGACCGAGGGAGGGUGGAAAUCUUCAUCAACGGAAAGUGGGGCACCGUCUGCGAUGACUUGUGGACCUCCAAGGCAGCGGCGGUAGUCUGCCGCCAGUUGGGCUACGCUUUUGUGAUCAGGGCAACCAAGAAAGCAGAGUUUGGGGAGGGGCGUUCGCUUCCCAUUCUUCUCGAUGAUGUUCAGUGCUCAGGCCGGGAGAGAACCCUACUGGAAUGUUCUCACGCCGACAUUGGGAAGCACAAUUGUUCCCACAAAGAGGACGCAGGAGUGAUAUGUAGUCAUGAAGAUGUUACUGAGACUGAACAAUAG